AUGUCUCAGAAGGGUCAGGACGGCAGUGCCACAUGCGAGAACGACAUGUCCGCGUCGAAAAGCAGCUCGUUGUUGCGACUGAAUCAGGAGGGUCGUUAGGGUGCGUUCCUGCUGACGCCCAGCCACGAGCUGAGCAUCGAGAAGGCGGCCACUAUUUGUGAGAAAAUGAACUUCCGUGGCGCGUUCUCCUUGACGAAGACUGCCACCGGUAUACUCUUCAAGUUCAGCAACAUCGACGAUUUUCAGGCGGUCUACAAAAAGGGCUUCCACAAAGUCACCGGGGCACGCUUCUACAAGAAGGUCGCCAUACCAUGCAGACCUGCAAAGACAUUCACCGUCUACGUUUUGGACGUACCUGAAGAAUUGCCCGAAGAGGAUAUUAGGCACGCCCUCUACAAGUACCGGUCCAUAGUCGAAGUUACGCGGCUCCCCCUCAACACUGGCACUGUUUUGAAAGCGAUCAACGACAAGCUGAAAAGCGACGCUCACAACCAGCACGAGACAGCGACGAUUUACACGGGGCCACCCGUUAUAAGGGUCACGCUGGCCAGCGUGGAGGAGACCUCGUUGCUGUUGAGCCGCGGUUUGGAUUUUUAUGGGGCCACAUAUUUCCCCACCGAAACGCCCCAUCCAGCUGCUCAACCCCUCGCCAAAUACAAAAACAACAGGUGGUUCGAGCUGGCAGCCAUCGGCGCCGGACAAAGAGUUCGAGACUUGCUUCCGGUCUUCGACAACGCUGGCUUCAACAAAUUGUCACCUCCGGCCAGCCGGCUGAUAAAACCGCAAAAAAAUUGACGGGUCCACCCACCCCUUCUUCGAAAUUCGACGGGUUCCAGGCUCUAACAUCGAACUCCAUUGAAUUAUUCGCGUGGAUCGAGGAACGAUUCAUGAGGA